AUUCUUUUCAAGUCUUUCCGUCUGAGGGCGUGCGGGUUACUCCGCAUAUUUCUCGAUAUUGCCGACUUUGAGAUCUCACAUACGCCUUCUGCUAUUGCGGUUGUACGGCGCAUCUUUUUCGAUCGACCCGCCUUCGACCUUUGUUCCCCCAUGUGCCACCUUUAAAUAAAUCCGAACUAGGUCGCCUUACUUGCACUCUCGUUUUCCUCAGACAACAUCAAGGCCAUAAACCUUGACAUCUGUCCAAUAUGCGCGUCUCUUUAUUGACAUGGUCGUUGCUUUCACUCUUUUCCCUCCCGACUUUUGCCUCUCAUUCUGAAGGGUCAACCCCGGCCCAACGCCUCGUGAAAAGGGCUGACUCUGAUGACUCGACACCGACGCUCUUCAAUGGCGUCGAGGUUCCGCCUAUGAAGGAGCUAACUCCUGAGAACUUUGCGGAAACGGUUAAAGAUGGUUAUUGGUUCAUCAAGCAAUACUCUCCGGCAUGUCCUCAUUGCGUAGCGAUUGCACCCACUUGGCAGACUUUAUACGAGUUUUAUUAUACUUCGAAUCCCCUCUCCGCAGCCUCUACAAAACAAUCUGACAGCUGGUCUCUGAACUCGUUCGAGGGCUUUUACAACUUCCAUUUUGCCGCCAUGAAUUGUCUGGCAUACGGUGAUUUGUGCAAGAAGCUCGAAAUCGACGGUUACCCAACCUUUUCUUUAUACCAUGAUGGGAAGCAAGUCGAACGAUACGAUGGAGCAAAAACAAUGGAGGCUUUCAGUGAGUAUAUUGAGGAGAAGCUGGAAGCUAUCAAACCUGGGUCACGCCCCGCGAAAGGUCUUAAGCUACCAGAACCCGGUGAUAAGGCAGUCGACACCAAGGCGAACCCGGAUACCGCUGCUUCCAAGGACAAGGACCCUGAGGCUGGCGUCAAGGCCGGUGAGAAACAUAAUGAGAAAGCUGCUCAACAUGCUGCCGAGAUGGCCCUUGAGAAUCCGGCCAACGAGAGAGACGCUACUUCGAAGUCGAAGCAGAAGGCCAAGGCGCCAGUGAAUCCUCAGGGAAUAUCUGUUCCUCUUACCGCUGAGAGCUUUCAGAAACUUGUUACGCCGACUGAUGAACCCUGGUUUAUCAAGUUCUAUGCUCCGUGGUGCCACCAUUGCCAGGCGUUGGCCCCUAAUUGGGCACAAAUGGCCAAAGAGAUGCAACACACACUCAACGUUGGCGAAGUUAAUUGUGAGGUCGAACGCAGACUUUGCAAAGAUGCCCGUGUUACUGCAUUCCCCACCAUGUAUUUCUUCCGCGGAACAGAGAGAGUGGAGUACAACGGUCUUCGAGGUCUCGGCGACCUAGUCAGCUACGCCAAUAGAGCUGUUGAGAUUCGGAACGGCAUUCAGGAUGUCGAUGCCGAGUCUUUCAAGGCUCUGGAAGAAACAGAAGAUGUGAUUUUCUUGUACUUUUAUGACCAUGCAACAGUGUCUGAAGAUUUCGAGGCCCUGGAACGUCUCGCCCUUCCGCUCAUCGGUCACGCGAAAUUGGUGAAAACAGACAGUGCUGCUCUCGCUGAAAGAUUCAGAAUUUCCACGUGGCCACGCCUUCUCGUCUCUCGAAGUGGGCGUGCGAACUAUUACAAUCCUAUCGCCCCUAGAGAUAUGAGAGAUAUCCGGCAAAUUCUCAAUUGGAUGCAGACCGUUUGGCUCCCCAUUGUCCCCGAACUUACGGCGUCUAAUGCCCGCGAGCUUAUGGAUGGCAAGUUUGUGGUACUCGGUAUUCUAAGUCGCAGUCGUGCAAACGAGUUUGUCGAAGCGAAGCGGGAGCUGAAGAAUGCGGCGCUUGAGUGGAUGGAUAAACAAGUGCAGCUGUUCCAGUUGGAACGACAAGAGCUACGGGAUGCUAAACAGCUACGGAUUGAAGAGGCAGAGGAUCGCAAUGAUCAGCGAGCGUUGCGUGCAGCCAAGAAUAUGCACGUCUCCAUUCGCGAGGACGAUAAGAAGCAAGUGAGGUUUGCCUGGGUUGAUGGUGAUUUCUGGGAACGCUGGUUGAGAACUACCUAUGGCAUCGAUGUGAGCAAAGGCGAGCGUGUCAUUAUUAACGACCAAGACAACCGCCGUUACUGGGAUACUGCUUCCAGUGGUGCUUCCAUAAUGGCUUCGCGAACCUCCAUUCUUGAAACCAUCCCUCUCGUCAUUGCCAACCCUCCCAAGCUGACGCCUAAGUCUACUAUCGGCACUUUUGAGUCCAUUUUCUUCGUCUCCCACGCAUUCAUCACAGGUCACCCUAUUCUCUUCGUCAUCCUCCUAAUUCUGUCCAUCGCUGGUGUGACAUAUGUUGCCCGGGGGAGAGCACAUAAGCGCGGAAUUCGUGGCGGAAUCCUCGGCAUUGCUGGCAAUGCUGGUGGCUUCCUUCAGCUUGACGGGAAGGAAGGGCUUCUAAACGGAGGUUCAACCGGAAAGGUAGACUGAUGUGGAAUGUAAAGCAGCGCAGUUAUAAGCUACUUUGUUUACCCUAU